AUGGAGCAAGAGGCCACAGAAAGGCUAACAAGGACGCAACAAGAGAAAGAAGCAUUGAAGCAUCAGAUCGAAGAGUUGCAAAUAUCCAGCCACGCAGUCCAAACGUGCAUCGCUUGUCCAGAGAAUGAAUCACAGAAUGCUGCAGAACCCUCAAAAAUGUUUAAUGGUCCAGAUGGUCAGCAAAGGGAAUCACUUACCAAUCAUUCUCUCAAUCAACUUCUUCAUCUCCCCGCAGUGGAGCCGCUGUCUAGGCAAGCGAUACAGCUUCCAAACGACGACAUCAAUAUCGACUUCGACAAAGAUGGCGAGUCGAACGGCUUCUGGACCCCACUGGGUCAAUGGGAAGAUCGGCACAUGCGUGGCAUUGGAGAUACUGAUCCUCGGAAUGUCAGGAUCGAUGAGCAACAAGGCCCGUUUCCUGGCCCUUUCUCCCUGGGCUAUCAGGGUCUGCCAGCCGAAAAGCCAUGCUUCGAUGUUAUGGCCGUGUCUCCCGGCACUGAAGCAAUUCAACCUCACCCAGAAUGCACCUUCGUUGCGGAUGCCUGGGAUAACUGCCCGGCAAGCAGACAGCUGCUCACAGUACCACACCAAUAUUCCGCGAUGUUUACUGGAAACAGAUAUGGUCCUAAUACCGCCCGCAGGUUUUAG